CUGACAAUUACAGGUGACCAAUUCGAAGGGGCAUCGUCACGCCCGCAAUCUACAUGAGAGUGACAAUUCUCGGUACUUGGCAGAGGCUCGUCAGUCGCCAUCGUGAAUGGAUGAAACAGCAACCGCUGUCGGACUUUCAAAUCCGUGCCUGACGAGAUGCUUUUGUUGUUGUUAUCGUUGCGCAUAACGACACACAAAUCAACCUAGACAACCAUUUGACCUUUCUGGAAGUUGCCGACUCGCGACCAUCAUUUCGCCUAAUUGGACGCAGCGAUUGCGCGGGGUUAUACGCGUAUCGGGUUACGCGUAGGUGAGGAUUAGUACUGACUUUGAUCCUCCGGGUUAGACGGGAUAAAUCGCACUGUUUCACUCACGCUGUCAGCCGUGGAAGACGUCUAGCUAGCAAGACUGAAUCCUAGCUAGUUUCAACAGUGCGAUUCUGACGGCUUGAGAUGGUGGACACCAUGAGCAUGUUGAGCGAAUAUCCACCGGUGCCUGUCAGCUUGCAGCGGACACAGGAUGAGCACUUGUACCGUCCUCACAACGGUCAUGGCAGGUGUCCCUCCAUCCCUGAGCACGAUAAGGGCUACUAUCACCACGGACUACUGCUCAGCCCGGCCGUUGCUGCAACCGGUGAGAUGCCGCACGAGUACACUAGUCCCGUCCAUCACCAUUCAUUUUCACCGUGUUCUCAAGCGUGCCAGGAUCAGACUACGACCACCGCCACUAUUACUAACAACUGCAGCAGCCCUAAUACUGACUGUCAGUCCGCGCCGGGAAAUUCUUGUGAUGAGCGGAGCAGUCCUCCCGGUCCAAGACGGUUCGGCAAGCGGCGAUGUCCCACUAACAGCAACCGUAAAGAGAGGCGGCGGACGCUUAGCAUCAACUCGGCUUUUGCCGAUUUGCGAGAGUGCAUACCCAACGUGCCAGCAGACACGAAACUCUCUAAGAUAAAGACGUUGAGACUAGCCACCAGUUAUAUUGCGUACUUAUCCGAGGUUCUGGCCAAAGACGACGGCAUCGGACCGGUAGACACGGCUAGUUUUAAGGCGGAACUUCUGAAGAUCGAGGACCGAGAGAGGCGGAAGAAGGCUGUUGAACGAGAAAUGACUGAUACCGCGCAUGUUGUCGAGACGAGACGAUCCCGAGGAAGGACCGGCUGGCCCCAGCAUGUUUGGGCCCUGGAACUGCAACGCUGAGUACCCAUGGAAAAGCUCUUGUGCACGCACUGCAAAUCACCGUUUCCGCGGACCAUUUUCUGAUAACUUCGAUUGGCAGCGAAGACGGACUGGACCACUCUGAAUCAGUGGUACUCCGACUCAUCUUGAUAGUAGCAACCCAACGGGUCGCUGAUGGUUUACAAUAUUCGUUCCUGGGAGAGGCUCGUUGGGAUUGAAAAACUGUUUCGAUGCGGUUCGAACUGACCUUUAAUUUGAAUAAUAUCAGCGGUUGAAUUAAGAACACAGAAUGUAGUUUUUGUGGAGAUAUAAUAGCAAAUACGUCCCAAUGACAUUGUAAUAAAACGAUACUAUGGGUGAAUCAAGUGAGACUCUCGUACUAGAUUUAACUCGUAAUAUCGUAGGUCACAUGCCAUGGUGAACCUGUCUUCGAAGGUUCAACAAGAUACUUCAAAUCGAGCGUUUUCCUUUUAAUUAUUUUGAAAACGUUAAACAUUUGACUGCUUAUGACUGAUUUUUGCACAUGAAAAGGGAAAAUUUACAAGCAUACCCCUCAACGAAAAUGUCACUUUUACUUUAACAACUGGCGAGCUGAAAAACAAACAAAAUGUUUAUGUUUAAACUGCAACAUACCACAAUUUCGGAAGUUCUCGUUUCAAAUUAUUUAGAAAUAGUUUUGCUUAGUUCACACUGACUGCACAGAUUUUCAUAAUCCGUGUUUACUAAAGGCUUGGCUGUAAAUAUUGUAUAUAUUAAUAAGUAUGGUUAAAAAACGCAUUAGCACCGUAUUAUGCAUCACAGUACAAUGCCAUUCCUCCAAAAAGCUGUACAACGACAUCAGCUGAAACUAAAGAGACGGCUUGAAAAUAAAGUGCAAGUGAAACA